AUGGACUGUGGAAGUACUGGGACCGCUGCGGGGAUCGACCCCAAGAUUUUGGACAAUUGGCAAACUGAAGGGGCAUUUUCGGUCGCCUCGUGGGAACAACCCGGAUACGACCAACCACCCGAGUGGGACACCAGCCAGGAAUCGAGUCAAUGCGAUGCUGACAUCGCGGACCUGGGCGCUUUCCACGGCCCUUUGACCGGUGAAUUCCAUCGCCUAGAGAACAGGAAGCACGAUGUAGCCCCCGAACACUUGAACUACACAGAUGGCAUCGUCGAAGGGACUGGCAGCGGCACCAUCAGCCCUAGGACCAUCCCAUCUUCUGCCGACGAGAACUUCCAUCCCGAUGAGGCUUGGUCGCACUUCCCCCUAUACAAUCCCGUCGGCAUGCCGAUGGAUGCGUCGCUGAUCUACCCGUACGGGAAGGGACCGAGCCACUCGACUGGCGCCGUUAUCGUCGAUGAUGUCGGAGAGAUGCCUCACGGUGGUUUCCCCGAUGCCCCAACAGAAGGCAUCAUGUCCUUCCAGCAGAUUCCACAAUCCUUCCCCAUGAUUCCCGAACAGUGGGCAGAGAUUCAACACGGUGUGCCCGUGGACAACAUGUCCCCGCCGGAAGACUCCAUGCCGCUCACGGUCGACGCGCAACAUAGCCCGAAGGAUCAACCCCUGCGGGAGUUCCAGACUUCACUCAGAUCGCUGGAAUCGCGCUGGCUGAACAGUCUGGAAUCUCAAUUGCCUACUCCGCGGAUCACGCCGGCCUCUCAAACUACUGGCCAGAGAAAUGCGCCCAUGCCACAAGAGUUCCAGUUUAAAUCUGAGAACUCUUCGGUGUCGGGCGAUUUGUCUGGAAUAUACGAGUGCUCUUACUCUGCCACUAGUGACGAUGCCUUUACCUUUGCGGACCAAGACGACGAUGCCCCGUGGAAGACCUCGCCGCAUGAAAGUACCUCGCCGGAGGCCUCGCAGCCUGCCUUUAAGACCACUGCCUUUAUGGUGAGCGAGGACCCGGCGGAGACUCAGGUCUCCACCGUUCCCUCAAGGUCGAGGGCUUCGUCAAGUACUGGAGCACGCGCUGGUCGACCCGGAGCACUUGCUAUGCAAUCCUCUGCUACGGUCAAAAAGCGCAAGACCAGAAACCCCGCUUCUUCAAUGGAUCAGGGUGUCGCUCGGCCACUGCAGAUUGUCCAGGAGGAUGGCCAAGGCGGCUCAAUUGCGUCUGCGGACUUUGUCUCGCCGCCCCGCGGUGCUCGUCGCAAGGGCCCAUUGAGUUUGGUUGGACGGGCUAAUGCUGGUCUUCGUCGGAAGAACAAGGAUACCUGUGUGCAGUGUCGACUGAACAAGCGCAAGUGUGAUGGAAGCUCCCCCUGCGACGCUUGUCGCCCGACGCUUCACGAGCAACCAUGCGCUCGUGCAUGCUUCUCCAGCAUUGUGGAGUUCGGAACAUGCAAUUAUAUCUCUCAACGAGCUGUCAACCACCCUACUAUGGACGGUACUCGCCGAGUUCGUAUGGAGAUCCCAUCCGAGUUCGAUCUCAGCCAACUUCUGUCAUUGCUAGCGGAGCGCCAGGGCCGAUUCAACAUCCGCGCCAGUCAGGCGUGGGGCUCUCUAUACGUUCUUGACCUGGGAGAGACCUAUAAAUUUUUGAAGGCCCUGAGCGAGUACAACGGCAACUCGAAGUCCACCUUCAUCGAAUUCAUUGACCGACGAAUCGUCGACUCGAAGGACAAGUCCAAGAACUGGCUGUCCUGCGUUGCCGACUGCGAUCCAAUGAACCAAGCCUACACCCUCCUCUCCCAAUGGAACAACAUGCCUAGCCGUGCCAAAUACAGCUUCGUCUCCCUUGAUCCCAACGAGGAAGAACGAACAAUGGACAUAAACAACCCCGAAGACCAACGCGAGAUCCUCCUCGCCGCUCAACUCUCCCGAAUCUUCUGCCGCAUGCUCGAAGUCGAAGGCUUCCGCAAACUCGAGCGCGACUUCUACAACAUCAAAUGGAAGCAGAUUUCCCACGAGACCCACGUCCGCUUCCUCAGCGAACUCGGCCACAUCCUGCUAACGCUUCGCUGGCGCGUGAGCUGGUGGAAGCGUCUCGGCGACGGCGGCCAAUCCCCCGACCCCGCACAGCAGCACUACGUCGACCGCGUCGAGCUGCUCUGUCGCAUCCUGUACGUGUAUUACACCUGUGUGAUGGCGAAGCUACCUUCGUGGUCAGCUGCGGAUGUGCCCAAGGGGAUCUGGUCGACGUAUCCGGACUCGGAGAAUGCCGUCUGGGACGAUUUCCCUGCAGACUCGUCUGACGGUGGCUUCCAUGGGUGGAUGGAGCGUGGACGGGAUUUGAUUGAGCAGGCUGGUGUUCCGAGUCGGGUCUCGAAGGCCUGA